AUGGCGGGGGUCUGCUCCUGGGGUUUUUGUGGGAUCCACAUCCAUUUCCCCUUUGAGUGCGCACAAAUAGAGGUUACGAGGACUAUAGUUAUGGAUAUGGAUACAGUCAGGAUAACUCUGGCAAUUAUGGAUAUGGUAUCUCAUCUAGAAACUGACACGAUGCAAGGAGGACAUUAUGGCUCAGGUGGAGACAGGUAUGAUACAUAUGAGUCCUAUGACUCAAGGGCUUCACUGAAUGACCGUGAUCUGUACAGAUCCGGCUACGAUUACAGUGAGGCUGAACAUGACACCGACAAUGCCUAUGAAGGUCACUAUGACAACUCCUAUGGGAGCCGCAGGGACCAGUACCACAACAGAGCACGUGACAACUUUGGCCACCGGGGUCAAAACUGGGCCAGAGAUGGGCGAAAUAACAGACCCAUGGCAUCUGCAUAUUCUGGGCGCAUGGGCGGACAGUGGAAUGAACCGCCAAUGCCAAUGGGAGGACGGGGCCAUGGCCCCAAUAGGCCCCCAUCCCUUUUCUCCCAUAAACUAUUUCCUGAAUACAACAUGUUCCAGGGAAUGCGAGGUUUCUCUGGCAACAUGCGCUUUGGAGGCGGCGGUAUGAAACAACGAAUGAGGAGAAACUGGAAAAUGUGGGACGCAGAUUUUAAAAAAAAAAGAAUUAAGAAUGAACCAACUGCUAAUAAGCGGAAACAGGCUAACAGUUCUGAUGAGCCUGACAGCAAGACAGCAAAAACUGAUGGCUCUGACAACUCAGACUCUGAUAAUGAAGACGGGCCUGAAGGAGAAGCUGCUGAGAAGGGUUCUAAAAAUGAGGGAGAAGGGGAAGGCGGUGAAGAUGAAGAAAGAAAAGGAGACUCUGAGAAAGGAGCUCUGACAAUUCAAGAAGAGAUCAGUCAGAUCAAGCGCAAAUUGCAAGCUGGUAAGAAAACUCAGGAGAGGCAAAAAAAAAGAUAUCGUGAUCGGAUGGUGGAAAGGAUUCAGUUUGUAUGUUCAUUGUGCAAAUAUCGCACUUUCUAUGAGGAUGAGAUGACCAAUCAUUUGGAGAGCAAAUUUCACAAGGAGCACUUUACAUUUGUUGGGACCAAGCUGCCCCAGCAGACAGCUGAUUUCCUUCAGGAAUAUGUUGCUAACAAAACAAAAAAGACAGAAGAACGCCGUAAAGCAAUUGAAGAUAUUAAUGCAGUUAUACAACAGAUAUACAAAGACCAAGAUCUUACCCAGGACAUAGGCAUGGAGCAUUUUGUAAAAAAAGUGGAGGCUGCUCACUGUGUUGCCUGUGACCUCUUCAUCCCAAUGCAGUAUGGAAUUAUCCAGAAACAUCUGAAGUCACUUGAUCAUAAUCACAACCGCAGAGCUAUGAUGGAACAGUCCAAGAAAUCAUCAUUAGUAGUUGCAAGAAGCAUUCUUAACAAUAAGCUUAUCAGCAAGAAAUUGGAGCGGUAUCUGAAGGGUGAGAAUCCCUUCACAGAUGAUCCUGAAGAGAAAGAGGAACAUGAGGAAGGUGAGGCAGGAACAAGUAGUAAUAUGGAGGAAGGAGCAGGUGAAGGAAACCAGACUGAAGAGAAAACUACAAGUGGUGACAAUCUGGCUGAGGAAAAUCCAGUUGAAGAAGGUAGUGCAGAAAACAAAGGUGAUGAAGGAGGAGAGGAACCACCAGACCAAACGGAAGAGUGGAACUUGAAUGCAUCCAAGGAAGCCGUUGCUGCUGAGCAGGAGCAAGAACAUGAAGAUGAAGAAGAAGAAAGAAGAGGAACUGCACCUUCAGAGGAGAUGGAACCACCUGAUGAGUGAACUUGCAAAGAAAGUUGAAGCAUUUUGAGACUCUACAUUAAAACUUUUAAAACCAUAACUGUAUUUGUGACACUACAUGGCACGCGGCUUUUGAUUCUCAUUGACUACACUUUCACCUAGUUACAGCACUUAAAAGCCUUUAUCUGUAAAGUGUUUUUGGAAAUAGCUUUUUUUAACCAAAUCUUCGUUG